AUGUCGAUCACGAGGGUUCUGGUCACCUGCGCCACGGGUGCCCAAGGCCGCGGCGUGGUGCAGCAUUGUUUCGCCGCUGGCCUCCAAGUUUCUGCCUAUGUCCUAGAUCCGACAAUCCCCGCCGCCACUCAACUCGCGCAAUGGGGUUCCGCUCUUGUGCGGGGUGAUCUGGACGAUCUGGAGACCUUGCGCACUGCGACUCAUGGCAUGAACGCCGUGUUCGAGGUGCAAACCGGCGACUGCGCGGUGGAGCUGCAGCGAAGCAGUAAUCGCGGCGCAGAAGGCAGCAGCCAGUUGGUUGAACAAGCACGCCCUCAGACCCGUGUCCGUGUAAUAGCAGCAGUAGCAACAUCAGACGGCUUCAUCCGGCACUGGACGAUUGUGAGCCUGGGUCAACUCCUGCAGAACCUGCUGCCUCCUGUGAACGCUCUGUGUUCCUCGGAUUUGAGCGAGACCGGGUCCUGCGGGUGGACGCGGGCGACGUGGGGAUUGUGGUCGCAGCAACAGUUGCGGUCGGCUAGAAAGUUUGGUCAAGUGCAAGUGCAGUAUCGAUCGGAGGACGAAGAGGACGAGCUGAUUUGGUUGGGGGAUUCGGUGGCCGCUGCGCAGCGAUUGGCGAAUCAAGGUCCUGGCGGUGAUGCAGUGGGCAAUUGUCAACGUGAUUUCGGGGCGCAAGCUGAGGUUCUUACCUCGUUGGAUGCCUUUUUGGAGGCUCAUGUCUCCAGGAUUUGA